CGUCAAUUUCUGAUAGCUCUUAACAACAUCCUCGGCAAGAUUUUGGUCUGCUUUAGACUUCGUUUCGUCUUGGUGUUCCAAUCAUUACUUCCCUCCUUCCUCCUUCCACUGAAACAAAGAUGUCGUCGCCGUCGAAUUCCUCUCACGCUGGCAAGCGCAAACGCCCAGCAAUUUCAAGCACCUCCAAGAUGGACGAAAACCCUCUCCUUCAGCCAUCUUCCCGAGAUGCAUCCGGAGAAGAAGGGGACACCACCGCACCCGAAUCUGGAAGGCUUACACACCGCAAGUCGGAAUCUACGGGUAAUUCGAAUCCAGCGAAACGCCAACGAGCCAAUUCCGAUCGUGCCUCCGCCAUAGAAACCACCGACUAUACCGCAGAUCCUGGUGAACCCAGUGACACUACCGAGGCCAGCAUUGACAUUGCAGACCGGGUCGCUAGGAAGAGCAGGAAGUCCAGUUCUAAGGAAAUGCCGGCACAUGAGGAUGAGGAAAAGAAGAAGCAAGCUGCUAUGCUACCACCCCCAACCGGCCGCCUGGUACACCCUGUCGGAUACAGAACAAAUCCCCCACCUACCGGUCGCACCAUAAGAGUAUAUGCCGAUGGUGUCUUUGACUUAUUUCACUUAGGUCACAUGCGUCAACUCGAACAGGCCAAGAAAGCAUUUGACGAUGUCUACUUGAUCGUUGGUGUUACGGGAGAUGAAGAGACGCACAAACGCAAGGGCCUCACGGUCCUCUCGGGCAGCGAACGUGCCGAGACGCUAAGACAUUGCAAGUGGGUUGACGAGGUCGUUGAGAACUGUCCUUGGAUUGUGACGCCCGAGUUUCUCGAGAAACACCGGAUUGAUUAUGUUGCCCAUGAUGAUAUCCCUUACGGUGCUGCCGAAGGUGACGAUAUCUACGCUCCUAUCAAGAAGGCUGGCAAAUUUUUGGUAACCCAACGAACCGAGGGUGUCAGCACAACGGGUAUUAUUACAAAGAUUGUUCGCGACUACGAGAAGUACAUUGCGCGUCAAUUGAAGCGAGGAACAACGCGCCAGGAGCUCAACGUGAGCUGGCUCAAGAAGAACGAGCUAGAUAUUAAGCGACAUGUUCAGGACUUGCGUGAUAACAUCAGGGCAAACUGGACUACGACCGGCCAGGAACUUAGCCGUGAGCUUCGACAAUAUUGGCCCGCGAGCAGACCUCAGAGUCCAUCACCGGCAAACCGAUUUUCCAUGCCCGCCACUCCAGGCUCAAACGGCGAUGCCAAUCUACGAGAAGCCGCCACUGUGGCUGCUGCUGCUAGGUCACCCACUACACCAGGGGAGAGACUUGGAGCUCCUAAUGAUUUUAUCACUGGGUAUACCAUCGGCUUAAUCGGUGGCGUAAGAUCUUGGAUGACUAAGAAUCGACGUAACCUCCGGGACAGCCGGCCGGCCAGCGACGAUGAUUCAGAAAGUGACGAUAAGAACGACAAGAACAAUGACCGUGGGCGGCUAGUUGCGUCGGCUAGUUAGUUACAUAGGCCAUUCGCCCGCCUUCGUGUCCGUGAAAAAGGCGUCAGAUCGUACGACGGG